AACUUGUUUGUUUUUUCAUAAUUUGUUGUUUCUGGACUGGGAAGUCGGAUCAGAUAUGUAGGGCUACGUUCAUGCGAAACAGUACAAAUAAAUAAUCACAAUUAUUUUAGUAAUUUUUUUUUUUUUUUAAAAGAGGGAGAGAGCAUUGUUUGUUUGUUUAUGAUAUUGAGGAGAGGAGAGGAGAUUUGUGUUUAGGAUAGUUGGAGAGUGAGUGAGUGUGAGUAAGUCUUUGUUUGUGCAGUGCACGUCCAUGGUCCAAUCGAUUAUUACUGAACAAGUGAGAAAGAAAGAGGGUACUAAAUUAGGGUUUGUGUGAGGAUGUGAGUGUGGAUGUAAGAACUAAGAAUGGGUGUGAGUGUGGGAAAGUUCACGACGAACCUGGCCGUCAUAGCGCAAGCCAACAAUAAAUGUAGGAAGCACGUCUGCACGACGUCGUUUCACCACCGCAAGAAGAUACCUUGGUCUCUGCUUUGCGGCUUCAUGCUAUUCGGGCUGGGCCUUAUUUCCCUCUUCACGGGCCACAUGGCCUCUGAUCUCGAAUGGUACUCUCACCGAUUGGUCCGUCGCACUCUCUACUCUACGCUGGAUGGCAACUACCGUGCGCCAAUCGAUGUUUGGAAAUCCCAGUAUUCUCAAUACUACUAUGGAUGCUGUGAAAGGGGACGCCGUUAUGCUCCUGCUGUGAGUGAGCGGAUGUCAAAUGGGUACUUGCUUAUUGGAACUAGCGGAGGACUGAACCAACAAAGAACUGGGAUAACAGAUGCUGUUGUUGUUGCGCGAAUUCUUAAUGCCACACUAGUUGUACCUGAGUUGGAUCAUCAUUCUUUUUGGAAGGAUGAUAGUGACUUCGUCCAUAUUUUCGAUGUUGAUUGGUUCAUUUCUUAUCUCGCAAAAGAUAUUACUAUUGUCAGAAGAGUUCCUGAUAAGUUCAUGCGGUCAAUGGAGAAGCCACCAUAUACAAUGCGUGUCCCAAGGAAAUCAGAGCCCGAUUAUUAUCUUGAUCAAGUUUUGCCUAUACUUUUGAGAAGACAGGUUGUUCAAUUGACAAAAUUUGACUACAGACUUGCAAAUAACCUUGAUGAGGAUCUACAAAAGCUACGUUGCCGUGUUAAUUUUCAUGCUCUGAGAUUUACAAAACCUAUACAAGAACUUGGUCAAAGUAUUGUUAUGAGAAUGCACAAGAUGGCACACCGCUUCAUAGCAGUCCAUUUGAGGUUUGAAUCAGAUAUGCUAGCAUUUUCAGGUUGUUAUUUUGGUGGGGGAGAAAAAGAGAGACACGAGCUUGGUGAAAUCAGAAAAAGGUGGACAACAUUACCUGAUUUGAGCCCAGAUGGAGAGCGGAGACGAGGGAAAUGUCCUCUUACCCCUCAUGAAGUGGGUUUGAUGCUGCGGGCACUUGGCUUUUCAAAUGACACAUACCUCUAUGUUGCAUCAGGAGAAAUAUACGGAGGGGAUGAAACUAUGCAGCCUCUUAGAGAUCUUUUCCCCAACAUCUAUACCAAGGAGAUGCUAGCUGAAGAAGAGCUGAAACCUUUCCUUCCAUUUUCAUCCCGCCUUGCUGCUAUUGACUACAUUGUUUGUGAUGAAAGUGAUGUAUUUGCCACUAACAACAAUGGUAACAUGGCCAAGAUUCUUGCAGGUCGAAGGAGAUACAUGGGUCACAAAAGAACAAUUAGACCAAAUGCAAAGAAGCUUAGCACGCUAUUUUCAGCAAGGCAUCAGAUGGACUGGGACACCUUUGCCAAAAAGGUUAAGGCAUGCCAGAGAGGAUUCAUGGGAGAGCCAGAUGAGAUGAGACCUGGGCGAGGUGAAUUUCAUGAAUUUCCCAGCUCUUGCGUGUGCAAGAGACCAUAUGCGGAUGAACUAAGCAAAGAGGUAUACCGUCCCCCAAAACUCGUUGCAAUAAACCUCACAAAAGCUGAUUCCUUGUCGAAUGGAAUUAGAAGAGGCAGCACAUGAAGAAAUUACUUUGAACCACCUAGGUUAUCGGUGAGGGAAAAAAAAUCGAAAGAGUUGUCACUUGCGCUGUUGAUGCCAACUGAACGUCAAUUGAAAAUUGAAUGCUAUGGCAAUGCGUCCAUUGUCACAUGAUUGAUCUUUGUAAAUCAUCAGGGGAUCCAGUUCUAAGGUGGGUGGCUCAGUUUAGGUCCUAAGGAUGUCAAUCCGAUGCAAAAUGUAGAUAUAUACAUGCUUAGCUUAGAUUGCUUUUAAUCUAUUUUCGCCACAUUGUCUCCGUACAAAAUUGAGUUGCGCUUUUUCUCUCA